UACAAGACGCAGCCAUUGCUGACACAGGCCGCCGUUAAUUCCUGCAGUGAGGAGAAACCGCAGCUAGGCUUUUAUUCGGAGCUGUGGAAGUAGGUCCUCCAGCCUGGGUGCCCUCAGCCGUCCUCCUUUUCUCCCCCUCUCGCUCUUUCUCUCCUCCCAUCCCCCACUCGCUCUCUCUCUCUCUCUCUCGCUCUCUCUCUCUCUGUGAAUGUCGGUGUCACACCAGCGGCUCUGCUCACGAACACGAACCCGAAAAGUGCCAAAGCGAGGCGGGGAGGGGGAGAAAAACCAUCACCUUCACCGAGCGGAGCUUACGGUCACUACAGCGACUACUGCCCGGCCCGAGGAGAAAACCGUUAAAACCGUUAAAAAGGGAUUUUGGGAUUUGCACACGCUUUUCCACUCCACCUACACUAGCCCCCUCAGAACAUGGCAAGUGGGCACCCCAUUGACAAAUUUGCUUUCUUAUACCCUCCAGAAAGCUCUCAGAACUUGAAGAGUAAGGGCCGUGCAACUACCGGUAUGAAUCCUGUUUACGGUCCUGUGCAGCCUGGCGCUGCGUACGCAAACCCCAAGAACGUGGCGUACCCAGGCUAUCCUGCAGGUUAUCCCACCACAGCUCCUGCGUACACUCCCAACGUGUACCAGACAGGCACCCCCGGAUACCCGCCAGGUAAAGCUUACGCACAUGUACACUCAAAUCGCACUGAUGGGCGGUAUCCCAGGUGUAGAACGCUGCCUUAUUAUAACUGUAUCUCUCUCUCUCUCUUUCUGUCUCUCUCUGUCUUUCUUUCUGUAGGAUACGCAACAGGAGCGCCAUACAAGGUCCCCCCAACGCAAACCAAUGGAGCCCCCCCUCCUUACUCAGCAUCCCCCAACCCCUACUCCACGGCCAUGUACCCCAUCAGAAGUGCCUACCCUCAACAGAACCUCUACACUCAGGGUGCUUACUACUCACAGCCGAUGUUUGCGCAGCCACACGUAAUCCAUCAUACCACAGUGGUGCAGCCCAACAGCCUGCCUUCGGCCAUUUACCCAGCUCCAGUGUCCGCCGCUCGCCCCAACAGCGUGGCGAUGGGCAUGCUCACCGGCUCCACUAUGGCCAUGUCUGCAGGGCCUCUGCUGACCACGCCGCAGCACACACAACACAUCGGCACCCACCCAGUUACCGUGCCAACGUACAGGCCGCAAGGGACGCCCGGCUACAGCUACGUGCCUCCGCACUGGUAGAGCUGCCAGGCCACUGCAUAUCUGGAGUCCAGCAUCGUUCACAGUUCCAGUCUUACGUGGGUGCAGCCGUCUGCACUGGGGCACCGAGUCCUUCUGCAAGUACAAAUACUGAAAGAGCAACGGUCACUUUAUGUGUUCUUGGUGAUUUCGUUAAAGCUGCUCACUCGAUUUGUUUGUUUUCUUUUAAUAUUACAAUAGAAUCUCUGACCAACAUCUACCAGCAUUUAAAUCAAAACAAACACUCUCCACUACACUGACCAACAGUGACUGGUUUGCUGCUGUUAACACUGGCUCCCGUGCAACACUAGUCCUUUUUCUAACGGUCAGAAUGUACACGUUUCUUUACGCUGCCAUGUUUUUUUUAACAGUUAGAUUUGAAUAGAGGGUUUUUAUUUUGUUUUAUUUUUUGUAAGUCACUUUUUUUUUCCCCCCACAGUGCUUUUGUAAAAGGGCUGUGCUUUUUCCUGCUUUUCAUAAUUACGAAACCUUUAAGAAGGUUGAACUCCUCUCCCAGCAUAUAACAAGGGUCUUCCAGCUGACAGUGGUCUGCUAGCAGAGUUUGUCAUUUCACUGGGUGUAAGUACUGCAGUUGUAUUAGACUGUUGUGUGGACAUUUCAGUGGGUCAAGCGGCUUCAUAGGCCACCACACAGUUGACACCUCAUCCAUACAGUGAAAAGUUGAAGUAUUCAGUUUUAUGCAGCCAUGCACGCCGGUGGUCUGGGGGGCUUAGGGGAGGCUAAAAUUAGCUUGAAAUGUGUUUGAAACCUCAUAGGAAUUUUAUGUCUACUCCACAUUACUUAACCUGUCUUGCACAGUUAUUCUAAAGGCAAGGCUGCUAUUCGAAGGUGAACCGUUAGAUUUCUAAUAUAGAUUAAACACAGACUCAUAGGGAUUGAAUCGGCAGUGUCAGUGGAAUUUAGUUUUGGUUUAGGCUUAAUAUAAUGUGCAGACCAGAUCGAAGCUUUAUUCAUAUGCGCUGUAGGUCAUACAGAACUCGUACUAGGAAUAGGAAGUUAGGGAUGCACCGAUCAUCAAUUUUUAUUCCGAUUUCGAUUUCUUUACAUCCAAUUUGUGUGGCCAGAUUUUAUUAGCCUCUUUAAAACCAUAUCUAGCACAUUUUCAUUGCUUUCUGUUAGACAGAGUCAAAUAUAUAUAAGAUUAUUUGCUCUUGGACCAAACCGGCAUUUAAAGGUCUUAAAUUAAAAGAUCAGUUCCGUAUUAAAAUGAUAUGAAUCAAAUAAAGUGUGUGAGGCAUGCAUCACUAUGGUGGUCAAAUCUCGAGUCUUCAGUAGCGAAUUUUAGUUUAGUCUUGUUUCUAGCCACGGACAUUGCAUUGUACAAGAGUGAAAACACAACUAUCAUCCUAUCAGGUCUGCAAAUAACAAGCUUUUCAUUAUAGAAGAACCUUCAGUCUGAACAGAAACGCUGUGCAUCGUUUACAGGAAAGAGGCAAACCAACUUAAAACUAUCGGUUAGUCUGUACUUUAGGUAGCUGGCUUGUGUAGUUGGUAAUCCAGCUGAUGUUUAUUGUAGUUUUAAAGGAAUGAGAUCUGCUGUCCUAACUACAUGCUGGUUUACCUGUUUAGACACUUGCGAGCAGUUGCUAAGCUUCAGUUCUAUCCUUCAGACUGUAUAUAUAUGCAUCGAAUCGGACGUCGCAGCAACCAGCGCUGCAGUAGUGAAAGCAUGACUGCGCACUGAUGCGCACAGUCAGUCGCGGGAGGUUGGAAACUUAAGAUUCUGUUGAUUUACCGUGAUGAAAUUAGCCUGAUCUAAUCAGUGUUUUUGUUUUUUCUAUUUCGCUCAGGCUAAAAUUUCCCUAGUCGUAAAUCUCAAGUCUGAGUUGAAUCACAAGUCAUUUAACAUGCAACUCAAGUUUGAGUCGCUGACCCAAGUUUGGUCUGGUACAGGUGUAGCAGCAGCAGCAGCAGCAUGCAAAUACAGGCCGAGUGCGCUUACCCUGCUCACGUUAUUUACAUCGUAAAGCCGCAACGUGGAUUGGCCAGUGUAAAUGAAUAAACUGGCAGACUGGCAAUUCCGAUCGUGCCACCCUAGAAAUAGUGUUUGACAGCGAUGGGUCUGAGAUCGAGUGAAUUGGUGCAGAACUUUUAUCAGCUGUUGUAAAUCACCACUGCUACCAGCAUACAUUAACCCCUUAAACUCUAAGGGUCUGGUUGUAGGCCCACGCUUCAAUUCCUCACUCUCAACUACUCAACUUAUACAUUUUUUACUCGUUACAGAUUAUUUAUAGUAGUUACUACGGGUGUAAACCUCUCAUCUGAUUUUAUUCUCUAUAGUCCACUGCACUGUAGGCAGUCCCUCCAAUCACAUUUGUACUUUCCGUGUAUGUUUAAACGCUGAAUUGUACCAAAAUAAUUGAACUGAUUUUCAAGGUUGAAACGAGAGAUUUCAUCAUACACUGAGUCGCUUCCUAAAGAAUUGUAAUAGACCUUUUUCACACGCCUGGAUUUGAUGCAGUGGAAGGUGUCAUAACAGGGAAAACAUUACAGCAGUGGCAGUGUUUAUUCACGUUUACCUGAUUUUUCUACAAAACAUUGUUUGGUGGAGCAGUUUCCGUUUUUAGAGAGGAGCAAGCUUGACAUGGUUUACAUUCAUCGAAGGCAUGCCGGAUGGAUGAGAUACAGAUUUAAGGAAGGCAGUAAAAAGCUGUGAAUGGCUGAGAGGAUAUGUGACCUUAUGUAUAAAUAAAAUGAAACGGACUAGUUAAUUAUCUGCUAUGAGGUAGAUAACCCAGUGAACUCUGUUGACCGGCCGCAGGGUUCUGUGUGGCAGUUGUGUUGGUCAGUAGUUUUGACACCUGUGUGUAGUAAACACUAAUGUUAGUGAUAUUGUCUUGUUGGUUAGCUUACCUGGAACAUUGACUAAAGUCUGGCGAUUUACUGCACAAAGAAACAUUUAAAGAGGGGGAAUAUAUGAAAAUGUAAGGUUAAGUCACAACCAAAAGAUGACAAAACCUCACAACUUGCAGAACAUUGACUAUUUUCCGGUACUCAUUAGACAGCUAGUGUUAGCAGAUUUAACUUGUUUAUGAGACCCUUAGCUUCGUAGUCAGGCAAGUAAUUCUUGAAGAAAGGCUUGUGGGUCUCGUCAAGCUUGAUUUACUCUCAAAACAAAAACUGCUUCACACUGUGAAUAAUGUGAUUUGGAGAAAAACUUGGUAAAUGUUUUAAAUGUUGUGGGUGGUGCAGUGUGUAGUGAUGUUGUCUCACUGCAAGAAAGGCCUGGGUUCAGUUCCCCGGCCGGGCGACCAAGGUCCUUUCCGCAUGGAGUUUGCAUGUUCCCCCUGUGUCUGUGUGUGUCCUACAGGUGCUCUGGUUUCCUUCCACAGUCUAAAGACAUACAGUCAGGUGAACUGGAGAUCCUGAAUUGUUUCUGGGUCUGUCCUGAUCUUAAAUGGUCCCCCAUUGUCUGCCCUGAGAUGGGCAGGCGACCUGUCCAGGGUGUUUCCUGCCUUCUGCCCGAUAAGUGUUGGGAUGUGACCCAGGAGGAUAAGUGUGUUAGAUUGUGUGUGUUUUAAUGAGGCUAUGAAAGUGUGCGAGUCCUCUACAUUCUCAUUCAUAAGCAGCUGUAAUGUUUUUCCUGCUGUGACGAUUUCCACUGCAUUGGCUCCGGAAGUGUGUAAAGAGGCUAAUUAGAUUGCUUUACUGCAUUUCUCUCAUUGUACCAUGUUUUGAUUCGAUGUGAUUAUUUUGGUACCAUUCGGUCUAAAAAUGCACUGAAUUUGCAAAUGUGAUUACAGGAGCUCUUUACACUGUAGUGGUUUUCACACUUGAAAGUAGCCGUAAACUUGUAUUCUGGACAAAAAUAAGCAUGACUGCGCACUUUUUGAAGAUUUUUAUCAUAGAGUAUUCCGGAGUGUAUGCAUUUGAAUCUCUACCUUCAGAGUGAUGCAGCAAAUGCAUUUUUACACCCCUAGUAGUGAAUCAUCAGUUUCAGGGAUUAACAGAAUCAUAGCACCAGUUUUGGACACUACAUUGAAUUUCAGCACAGAAAACGGAGACCUGCAAUAAAAUUCACAUCGUUUGCACACUUCUAAUCACGGCAGCCCCCAUCAGGCGACCCACUGCCGAUAGCGGACACUCCCAUUGGCCAAUGACUAGUUAUUCAGGCUCAGUGCCACCUAAUGAGCUCGAGCCAGGCAGCUGAGAGAGGAACGAAGCACUUCAGUCCUUCCGUGCAUAAAUUUUGGGGCACAUAGGGCAGUGCAGGGCUAAAGGAGUCCAUCACGGAGGAAAUGGAAACUGUUUAAUAAUGCGUAAUGACUGGAAUAGACUAUAAAAUAAAUUGAGUGGUUUGCUUAUGGGAGAAACUACAUUAUUCAAGGAAUAUCAACUCAUAAUGGAAGUAUAUAAUUUGGUAAGGAAUAUUGCACUCUUUAAAGUAAUAAUCUAUGCUUGUAGUUGGUACAGUACUUAAUCUGUUAAGGAAUUCAUUUAUUGUACAUUACAAUUGUGGUACUCUAGUCUUCCAGGAAAAAAAAAAGAAAACACUGAAGAGGUUCAUGCAAAAUAUUAUAUGUCAUUGCAAUAUUCUUCCAUAUAUAAAAAAUGAACGUGAUUUACGUCUGUGUUUUAUUGAAAAGUGAUAAGGAAUUUGCUGGCUAUAUUUCGAAUGACAGUGGUCCUGCUAGUGUAGAAUUGUGUUUGUUUGUCUUGGGGAGGGUUGUGCAGUGUGUCGGUCUGUGUGUGCAUCUUCUGUAUUCUGUUAAUUGUUGGUUUUAUGCAGUUACGUGCCGAACGCCAUUGGACAUAAAACACAAAACAAGGCUUCUCGAGAGUUAGGCUUGAAACCUCAAAAGAGACACAGCUACAAAUUCACUUCAGCUUGUAUUCCAAACAUUAGGACGCGAGAGUGAAUUAGAAUCAGAUUUCCGCCUCACUCUGGCAGAGCUCUUCAUGGUACCAGUCAAAAGUUGGGACAUAUCUACUCAUAGAAGCUUAUUAUUAACUACCCUAAAGUGCGAAAAGUCAGACCGCCCUUUCAUUUAUUUCAUUUUCACUCAAAAUUGUUAUUAGACAUCAAUUUUAUCUCAGCUAAUAAGCAGGAAACCUAUAACUGAAAAGUACAACAACGAAAUCGAACACUUUUCGGUGUUUAGUGUGUCCACUCUACGCCUUUAUUACAGCUUCCAUUCUUUUCGUCUGCUUUCAAGAAAUCCGUGGGGAUGUUUUUCCACACCUCUAAAGUUCAGUCUUAGAAGUUGGUGCACUUUCUGCUUCUCAUGAUCCAAGUGUAACAGUGUGAAACCAUACAACAUAUCAUCCAAUACAAGCCUCUGAAUUCAAUUUGCACAGAUCUCAAACAACGGCAAAUACAGUACUCAGUUUAAUAUGGUUAAUCUCAGUGUUCUAAUAAUAUAAGAACACUGAUCUUAGAUCAGGCCUCAUCUGUCCAUGUGGUUCUGUACAGUGCUAUGUAAAAGGCAACAACUGACACCCUGUCAGCUUUAUUAAUCUGAGAUGUUUGAUCAAUAGGGGCCCUUUAGGGGAAACCGGAGUUAACAUAUUCUAAAAUAUAAAAUACUUCUAUAAUGUUGAAUGUUCUAAUGCAUUGAAAAUGGAAACUUUUAACAUACUAAAAUAACUCCUUACAAUUGCAGUAAACAGUAAUGCUUCGAGACGCAACCAUAUCGCAUCAAACCAAGUUAUACAUUUUUAUAAAUGGUUAUUAUUUCCAGCUCAGUUAGGCCUGAGUAGAGCGUGGAUCUGAAAGAGUGGCCCCAAUAAAGUAACUGGACAUUUUAACAAUUUGACCACUGUCCUUUAGGUUACUUAAUGAAACGUUUAGCAAAAUUUGAUUUUAUUUCAGAGAAAAACACUUGAUAUUUUUCUUCUUAACCCAAUGAAUACAUUUUUAAGUAAGGCACGAAUGUUCAAAUUGUUGUAUCUCCAAAAUAGUAACUUUACAGGAGAAUAAAAUACUUGUAAGUGUAGGUAACCAGACUUACGUAAUUUUGGGCCAUUUCUUUUGGUCCAUUCAUCGUGAAAUUUACAUACAAUGUAAAGGGCGACGGGUAUUUUUAUUAUGUCAAAAACUGAAAAAUGGCAAAAUUGAGGCUAAUGAGGUUUUGCUCUGCUUCUCAAGGCCACAAAUCUGCCUAAACAGUUGUGACUUUUUCUCCAUAUGACUUCCAUUUGCGUCUUUUGGUUUCAAAUAUGUCAGUGUGAAUGCUAAGCACCCUAAAUGUCUUUAAGAUUAUGAUUCAAUCAGAUGUGUCCCAACUUUGAUCAGAAUCUGUACUGUACAUUAAAGAUUGGAAAACUCUUCAGCUGAUUUUCUGAAGGUUGUUCUGUUUAUCUAAGUUCAGCCGCAGUGGUACACCUAAUGUUCGGCCUAAUUCUCCUUAAAUUCAGACAAAACACAAACACAAACAAAAGCAAAUUGUCCACAGUGGACGUUUCGGUCAGAACCAGAUGCUUUUUCUUUGUGUUUUUUUUCAGCCAAAUGUUCAAAGCUAUGCACUGGUUGAAUCCUUCUGUCACUAAACCAACAGAAACAGCAUUAGAACCAUGUUUUUCACCUUCGCCGAAGGCGUAUCGUCCAUUUCUCCUGCUAGAAUUUGUAACGAAAUGCAAGUAGCAAUGCACGCGGCCGGUUCUGCUGGUCCGGGUCGAGGUGGGACGCGUGUGGAGCAGACCUGUGUUCUACACAUAUGUAUUUGAAGUAUUUGUGAUGUAAAUAUCCAAAUAUUAUACAGAGAAAAAAAAUUAAGUAUUUUGAGUAUUUGAGCACUAGAAUGUAUUUUCAAAUACAUGUAUUUUCUCAAAGACUUGAGUACUUGAGAACAUUUCAGAUAACGGUGAAGUGAGUUUUGCCCAGGUCUGCCAUAGAGAAUUACUUUUGUUUUUGUCUUUAGAUGCUAUUUUGAAAAAUACUGAUCAUUUUUGCGCUCAUCUUUUUUUUUCACAGAUAAACAUGCGUCUUAAUAUUCUUUCAUGUUCUGAUUUCAUUCAUAUAACUAUUUGUUUCUGCAGCAAGGCAAUUUUUACCACUCAGAGUGGUUAUAAAAGGGACCAUUGAUGAGCACUUCAAGCUUUAGGCCAUACAGAAAAUGACUAGAGGGAUACUAAAUCGGUUUGGUUUAACAGUAGAACAAUCAAUCGAGUUGGUUUUAAAGCAUGUAAUAAAUAUUCAAAAUAUUUUCACUUCGUUAAUAUUCUUAACGAUGGCGUAUCAUAUUUGUUAUAUAUUCGAAGUAUCGUGAAAUACAAUAUGCUAAACUACCUUCAGCUUUCACAUCUCCUGUGUAGGUUAAAGGAGGAUUCCGAAGUUUCUGCAUAAUCCGGUCUUUGAGAUGGAAACGAAGUCAUUCGGAGCGGUUUGAUGUGAAAUCUUUCAUUGUAGAGGAAUUUACAGUGGUGCUGAUAGGAACCAGGGGUCAUGAUGACUACAACACAAAUAUAGCCACUUAAUUUACCACCUAAAACGAAUCUACUAUAUCUCUGUAAUCUUGAUGAUGGUAAAAUAGUCAUAAACCUGAAAAAAGUACAUUUUCUUUGGGGGACUGUUUUGCCUUAGAACACCUUUCAUGUAUCCCUCCACCUUGAAUGGGUUAAAAUUGAUGGAUAAAAAAACAUUUUAGACCACAAUUUUAAUACAAAACUACCAGAAAACAAUGUUUCAGACAUCAAACAUCAGUAAUAGCUUUCUGUGAGGGGGCUUUUAGAGGUGUUAAACCCUUCAGACGUCUGGUUCCUAUCACCACCACUGUGAGCCAUUCUGACUCGCUGGGUUUGUUGCCUCACAAGGCCUUACAUGUACCUCUCUGCCAUGAAUGGAUUUCCAAAACACAUUUCAGGUGAAAUCUUCUCCAAGAUGUCAUAAAACAUGUCUCAGGCAUCAGGCACCAUAUUUAUUAACCAAAACCACAAAGUAAACAUAUUUGUAUGGAAGCUUCUAGGUGCAUUAAACGCUUCAGACGUCUGGUUCCAUUCACCACCACUGUGAGCAAAUCUGACUCUAGAGAGAAGCAUUUCACAUCAAACUACUCUGGGUGACUUUGCUUUUGUCUUAGCCACUUAAUCAUGCAGAAACGUGAAGAAGAGCAGUGGAAUUCCACCUUAAGAGCAGCAGCAAGUAGAUUUGCAGGCGUCUUGGACAAAGUGUGUGAGUCUGGGUCUUUUUUUUCACAAUUAUACACACGUUUUUCAGGUCAGGAGCAACAAAACCAUAAAUGCAAUGGCCUCGUUAUCAUGGGACUUAAUAUUGCCAUGAAAAUGAUUCUUUGAGUGGUAGACUAGCUUUAAAUGCUCUCUUUUUAAAUGUUAAAGUGGUGUUAAAUAUGUGACUUUUGGGAAAUAAAAUUCGGAUCGUAACUCAUUGUGUUGAGAAAACGACGACGUUUACCACCAAUGAUCGUUCUCAUUUGUCACCCAGCACUUCAGAAAUACUCUCAGUUGCAGUCAGUCCCAGUAGAGCCAUCGUAAUCUCUUAUACAACCAAGUGUAACUCGAGGGAUCUGCUCACAUUUGCAGACGCGCGUUGUUUCUCAUCACUUUGGAACGCUCCCUGUCUACCUGCUGUAAACCACGGAGGUGUCGGUGGUUCUUGCACAGGCACUUAACAGCGAGCACUAAGAGGAGAGUUGAUCGUAGGCCUACCCAUUAUGUCUUCCGAAAUGUCCUUUUGGGUUCUAAUCAGCGUCAAGGGUUGAAAAUGACAGGCAACAAGUGUUUCUUUCUCACUGCAUCUCAGUCUGUUAUACGAUCACGCAAUAGUUUUUGGUAACCCCGAAAAAAAGAUUAGGUUUCCGUCAAAGGCAAAAAUUCCCAUCCGGCUUGUGAAAAUGAAGUUCUGUUACAUUUAUGUUGUUUUAUGUUGUAAUGAGGAUCUGUUAGUGAUCUUGGUAAAGACCAAGGUUGUAAUUGUAUUAUAUUUGCUGUACAUGUAAAACGUAGAUCAUUCAAUAACUAUUAAAAUCUUUGGAAACAAA